AUGAAAUGCUUGGGAUCCCUCAGAAAUGCCUGUCAUGUUCCUCCUCCCUCCUCCAUUGCUCUCUGCUUGCCCAGCAGCUGUCAAGACCAUACCUGGCUCCUGAACAAUGGCCAAGAGACCUGCAGUGAACCUACCAGCUGCCAGCCGGCCAGCUGUGAGCCCAGCAACUGUGAAACUUCCAGCUGCCCUUCCUCUGGUUGCUAUGUGCCCAGACCCUGCCAAGGCACCAGUUUUCUUCCUGCUUCUUCUUGCGUCUCUGGAUCCUGCUUCCCAGUAUGCUAUAGACCUCUGAGCUAUGUGUCUAGCAGCUGCCAACCCCUGAGACACCUCACUUAUGGAUGCCUCCCCUUGGAAUUAUCCAAACACUUGAUUUUCCCUCCUCUACUUCCCAAAAGAGACUCUCUAUAUUUGCUUCAUGUCUCCAAUUACUCCACAUCUGCCCUCAUUUCAUAUCAUCUUCUUGUUCACCCUACCCUUCCUCUCCUUUGGGAUAAUUCUUUUGGCAUUGUGUCCAACAGCCUCAGACCCCUGCAUCCUCUCUUCAGUGGAUGCCAGCCCCUGACACAUGUGUUUAGUACUUGCCAUCCAUCUUGCUCUGCCUGGGGAGGCCUGUAA